UGAGGUGGAGCCGGAUAUGACGUCAGCUCUUCUGUGUACACCAGCUGAUCGGAGCAAAAAAGCAGAUCCGUCAUUACUGUCAUUUUCUAAUGUUGUGAUAUCUGGGCCACAGCAGCAGUCCGGCUUCUCACGCGCAACUGACGUUCAGCGGGAAACUGCAGCGCGUGCAGCAGACACUGGAGCUUGGCGAGGCCUGUUUGUUUUGGUUGAUAGCAAGGCCUACCUGCGAUGCUAAGCUAGUUAGCUAGCUGUCACCGUUUGAAGGAUUCAUGAACGUAAAUUACUGGUGACGGAAGCUAACGGUCAGGGAAUACCUUCACAGCGACACUCGAACAAACGCUGCAGGUGUGACAAAUAUGUUAUAGCAAACUAAUAACGUUAUCUGUCGUGAAUGGGUAACGUUAACGCUGGAAGGUGAUUGGAAGCCUAUGUAGCCUGUCCGGUUUCCACACACACUCUAUGACAGAGACAUCGUUUGGUGUCAGCAGCGCUCUCGUCCAGCUGUAAGAUGUGGUUGAAGCUCUUCUUCUUGCUCUUGUACUUCAUAGUGUUGUUUAUGCUAGCGAGGAUUUUUGAGGCGGUAGUCUGGUAUGAGACCGGGAUGUUCGCCACUCAGCUGGUGGAUCCAGUUACUCUCAGUUAUAAGAAGCUGAAGACCAUCCUGGAGUGUCGAGGGCUGGGAUACUCCGGACUGGCUGAGAAGAAGGACGUCAGUGAGCUGGUCGAGAAAUCAGGAGAGUUGACUCAGGGCGAGCUGUACUCAGCCAUCAAGAAAGAGAGAGAGCAGACGGAGGCAGGAGAUGCCAGCACCACACACUUCAGUGGAGAGAUGCACUUCUAUGAAUUAGUGGAGGACACUAAAGACGGGAUAUGGCUGGUUCAGGUAAAGACACUUACGAACACUAUAUUAAAACAAUAUAGUGCUGUUGCCUAAUUAAGUGGACAUGACAAUGAUUGUGCUGCAUACAGCAGGAAUAUCACACUGUCUCUAAUCACACACUCUUAAUCCGUCAACGUUCAUCUUGUGCAUGUGUCUCUCGUAAGUUCCCAAGCUUUAUGGAAUUGCAACACUCCACUACUGCAGGUGUGAAUGUCCAAACAUAUUGCAAUGGGAACGCUGUGAGCCAGGUUGACAUGGUGACAGGAAGUCAGCCAGUCACAAUUUCUUUAGCACUGCUUACACACACAUCACAGAUUGUAUAAUUUACACAAGAAAUAGUGUAGUGAUUGGAGCAGUCCUGAGCCGUGAGUGUGUUGAUCAGGCACAUCCUCUAUCAGUGCAUGUCGCCAGUCACAGGCUGUAUUCCAUUUUCUGGAGGGCAGCACAGAUAAAAUUUCUCUGAAGUCAUUUCUUGACAUUUAAUGAGUGCUGGGCAAGUUAACGCAUUCAUUAAUUAACGCCGACAAUUAUAUUAUCGCGCGUUAACGCAGUUUUGUU